AUGGCUCCCGUGGGAGUGCUCCCGGAUGUGCUGAGAGGGUGCUGUGGCGCUGGGCUCCCCAAGCUCACGAAUGGAGCGGCCCACUGCCCAGCCUCCCGUGGCGCCCACCCUCGCCGGCGGCCCUCCCCCGUCGCCUGCCCCGCCUCGCGCCGCAGCCCGGGCCUGGGCGGCAUCGGCGCCGGCGACGGCGAGCUGGACAAGCUCUCCGAGGACGAGAUCGGCACGUGGAUGGAGUCAGGGCCCCCCACCCCCCUCCUGGACACUGUGAACUACCCCAUCCACAUCAAGAACUUCAACUUGGGCCAGCUGAGGCAGCUGUGCAAGGAAAUCCGCUCGGAUAUCGUGCACACUGUGUCCAGCACGGGGGGGCACCUGGGGGCCAGCCUGGGGGUGGUGGAGCUCACCGUGGCACUGAACUACGUGUUCAGCCUGCCGGAGGACAAGGUGAUCUGGGAUGUGGGCCACCAAUGCUACGGGCACAAGAUCCUGACGGGCCGCAGGAGCAGGAUGAAGACCAUUAGGCAAACAGGGGGCCUGUCAGGGUUCACAAAGAGGGACGAGUCACCAUAUGACCCCUUUGGUGCCGGGCACAGCUCAACGUCAGUGUCAUCAGGGCUGGGAAUGGCUGUUGGAAGGGACCUGAAGAACAAGAAGAACCACGUCAUAUCUGUUAUAGGCGAUGGGGCCAUAACUGGCGGAAUGUCAUAUGAAGCGAUGAAUCAUGCUGGCUUCCUGGACAAGAAUAUGAUCGUCGUGCUGAAUGACAACCAGCAGGUUUCACUGCCCACGCAAUACAAUGGAAAGAGCCAGGAUCCUGUGGGCGCCCUGUCCAGUGCCCUGGCUCGGCUUCAGGCCAACAAGCCGCUCCGAGAGCUGCGAGAGAUCGCAAAGGGUGUCACGAAGCAGCUGCCCAACCCGAUUCAAGAGGCCACCUCCAAGAUCGACGAGUACGCAAGGGGCAUGAUCUCCGGCUCUGGCUCCACCCUCUUUGAGGAGCUGGGGCUUUACUACAUCGGUCCAGUCGAUGGCCACAACCUGGAUGACCUCAUCGCUGUGCUGAAAGAGGUGAAGAACACAGAGACUGUGGGGCCGGUGCUGAUCCACAUUGUGACAGAGAAGGGCAGGGGAUACCUCCCUGCAGAGAGUGCCUCCGACAAGAUGCACGGCGUUGUGAAGUACGACCCCAUGACAGGAAAGCAGUUCAAGAAGCAGGGCAAGACCAUGUCCUACACCAACUACUUUGCCGACUCUCUCAUCGCUGAGGCAAAGUGUGACAGUCGGAUUGUGGCCAUCCAUGCUGCCAUGGCCGGUGGCACAGGCCUGGCCCGCUUUGAGAAAGAAUUCCCUGACCGGGUUUUCGAUGUCGGCAUCGCUGAGCAGCAUGGUGUGACAUUCGCCGCCGGGCUGGCCUGUGAGGGUCUGGUACCAUUCUGCACUAUCUACUCGACCUUCCUGCAGCGCGGUUAUGACCAGGUGGUGCAUGACGUCUGCCUCCAGAACCUUCCAGUCCGCUUUGCGAUGGACCGUGCUGGCUUGGUGGGCGCUGAUGGCGCAACACACUGUGGUGCCUUUGACGUGACCUACAUGGCCUGCCUGCCCAACAUGGUUGUCAUGGCUCCCUCCAACGAGGCGGAGCUCAUUAACAUGGUGGCUACCGCUGCUGCCAUUAACGACAGGCCUUCCUGCCUUCGCUACCCACGGGGCAACGGCAUUGGAGUCGACCUUGCCGAACAUGGCAUUGGCGAAGACCUCAAAGGGACGCCGCUUGAAAUCGGCAAAGGCGUCGUCCGGCGCGAGGGCACGGACGUCGCCCUCGUGGGGUACGGCUCCGCCGUCAACGAGUGCCUCAAGGCCGCGGAAACCCUCGCCGAUCUGGGCGUCUCCUGCACCGUUGUGGAUGCGCGCUUCUGCAAGCCCCUAGACGGCGACCUCCUCAAGCGCGUGGCCAGAGAUCACCCCGUCAUGAUAACCGUGGAGGAGGGGGCAAUCGGAGGGUUUGGGUCACACGUGCUGAGCUACAUGGCGCUGGAGGGCUUGCUGGACGGCGGCGUGAAGGUCAGGCCCAUGACGCUGCCCGACAGGUUCAUAGAACAUGGCGCCUACCCGGACCAGCUGUCGGAGGCGGGCCUCACUGCCGACCACAUUGCCAGCACGGCCCUCAAGCUGAUCGGCAAGUCCAAGGACGCGAUGUUCUUGAUGCAGCAGGAGCGGUGA